AUGGAUGAGGGUCUCGGUGUACAGGUUGAGCGGCCGAUAUUUUCAUUUACCUCUCCUAAAGACGAAGCAGAGACGCAUUUUGUAGCAGACGUGCAGCAGCAACAGCACCAGCAGAAGCAGCAACAGCAGCAGCAGCAGCAGCAGCAGCAGCAGCACUCCCUUCCUCCUUUUACUCGCACAUGUCCAAUUCAGGGCUGCAGCGGCUCCGGGGUCGCAUCUGCUGCUGCUGCGGCCCCACAGGGGCCCAGCAGCAGCAGCAGCAACAGCAACAGCAGCAGCGACGUUGCUGCAGCAGACAUCUGUUUUUCUAGGAAUGUUAAAGGCCUGUUGCAGGAGCCUCAGGAAUAUGCUGCUGCUGUUAAUGCCGCUGCCUCCGCUGCUGCUGCUGCUGCUGCUGCUGCUGCUGGCACAGCAGCAGCGGCACGUGGCCUCGCGGAAGCUGAUGUGCAGCAGCAGCAGCAGCUGCAGCAGCUGCUGCUGCAGCAGCAGCAGGAGCAGCUGGAGGCUCGCGGCGCAACCCAGGCCCGACUGCUAACGACUGCAGCAGCAACUGCAGCAACUGCAGCAGCAGAAGCAGCGACAUCAGCAGCAAGUGCUGCUGAUGUCUGCUCUCCUGCCGAUCCCCGCAGCGGCGUUGCUGCAGCUUCAGCAGCGCUCUGCCAGCCCUCGGGCCCCACAGCACCGCCUCCAGCAGCAACAGCAGCAGCAGCAGGAGCUGCAGCAGCAGGAGCCGCUGAAGCAGGAGCUGCUGCAGCAGGAGCCGCUGAAGCAGAAGCUGCUGCAGCAGAAGCAGAAGAAGCUGCUGCAGGAGAAGUCGCUGCAGAAGAAGCAACAGCAGAAGAGGCAGCAGCAGAAGCUGCUGCAAUGUCUUCUGCUGCAGCAGAAGCAGCAACAGCAGCAACAGCAGCAGCAGCAGGAGGACGUCAGGCUUGGGGAGUUCAUUCGGUUGCCUUUGCUUGUCCUGCUGAGGACAGCAGCAACGGCAGCAGUACUUCUGCUGCUGCAGCAGCAGCAGCAGCAGAAGCAGCAGCACCAGGAGUUGGUGCUCAGUUGAGCAUUGAAGGGGCUGAGGGGGAGGCAGCAGCAGCAGCAGCAGCAGCAUCAACUGCUGCUGCUCCGGCCUCCUCUGCAGCUGCUGUUGCAGAUGGUGUAUACACCGGUGAAGCAGCAGCAGCAGGAGAUGGAGGAGACGCAGCGACAGCAACAGCAGCAGCAGCAGCAGCAGCAACAGCAGCAGCAACAGCUGCUGCUGCUAUAGAUAGGAGACGUCAUCACCGCAGCGGGAGAGCAUUGGGGCGUUCGCGUAGCCAUCGGCACCACCAUCACCGCCCUGCUGCAGCAGCAGCAGCAGCAGCAGCAGGUGCUGCGCCUUCAGGUGUAUGUACAGCUGGAGACAGCCGCCGCAAAGCCGACGGUAGAACACCGCCAGCAUCACGUAGAGGGAAGUCGAGGAGACGCAUGCACAAGGGUAGAGAUGGAAGGCGGCAGCAGCAGCAGCAGCAGCAGCAGCAGCAACUGCAGCAGCAGCAGCAGCAGCCGAUACGGCUGACAUCAGAAGUUCUUAUGCAGCUAGAGACGCGAACAACCAGGGUGCUUGAUUCAACAGCAGCAGCAGCAGCAGAAGGUUUAGGCGGCGGCAGUUCUUCGCUGUCUUUCUUCUGGCACGUUAAGGAGACAGUAAAAGAGAGGGCAGAGACAAGAGCAGCAGCAGCAGCAGCAGCAGCAGCAGCAGCAGGAACAACAACAACAGGAGCAGCAGCAGGCAGCAGCGAGCGGCUGCGUAGUGGUAUAGAGUGUGGGGAUGGUGCGGGUCGGAGCAGCAGCAGCACUCCUGCAACAACAGCAGCAGCAGCAGCAUCUGCAGCAGCAGCUGCAGCAGCAGCAGCAGCAGCAGCAGCAGAGGAUGAAGACUGCAGCAGCAACCAAAGCCAGCGCAGCAGCGAAGUCUCUACUAAGGGGACAGUUAAUCACAAGUGCAGAGAUGACAGCGCGAGAAUUAAUUUAUGUUUAAACCCUUCAGACCUCUGGUACGGUUUAAGAAGAGCUGAUGGAGACCCGGUAGUGCUGCAUGCAAGGAGGAGACACCGCAGCAGCAGCAGCAGCAGCAGACCCCACAGACUCAGAAGGCCUCCUCUUAUCCCCGAUCCAGCAGCAGUUGCUGCAGCUGCUGCUGCUGCUGCUAUCGCACACCACCAGCAGGCUGCCGCUGCAGCAGCAGCAGCAGCAGCUGCUGCUGCUGCUGCUGCACGCAUGCACAACCAUCACCACCAUCCAACUGCAGCAGAGCAGCAGGUGCAGCAACAGCAGCAGCAGCAGCAAAUCGCAACAGCAGGGGCAAGAGCACAAGCCGCAGGAGCGCCCAACCAAGGUGAUAACAACACCCAACAGCUCCAGCAGCAGCAGCAGCAGCAGCAGCAGCAGCAGCAGCACAGACAUCAUCGAAGACACCGCCACCGCAGCCACAGAGACACUGCAAGGAGACAGACAAUGCGGCGCUCUUCAACGCAGCUGCCUCCUCUUGCAGUUGAUGUGAUGUCUCCUCCUCCAUCAGCGCAGCAGCAGCAGCAGCAACUGCAGCAGCAGCCGCAGCAACAGCAGCAGCUGCAGCAAUUGCUGCAGCAGCAGCGCCAACGGGGUCCUGGUGCUGCGCCGUGGCAGCAGCAUCAGCAGCAGCAGCCGGGACACCAGCAGUUCGCUUUGCCGCUUCAGCAACAGCAGCAGCAGCAGCAGCAGGCGCAAAUCCAGCAGCAGCUACAGCUGCAGCAGCAGUUGCAGCAGCAACAGUUAUUGCAGCAGCAGCAGUUGCUGCAGCAGCAGCAAGAUCGGAAGAGACGACAUAAAGAGCGCAAGCGAGGCCGAUCUUCUUCUUCAUCUGCUGCUGUUGCUGCUGCUGCAGUGGCACCACUACCGGCUGCAGGAGGGCUGCUGCAGCAGCAGCAGCAGCAACAGCAGCAGCAGGAUCUGUUUGGAGCAGCAGCAGCACAAAGAGACUGCAGACGCCUUGAAAGGCGCCGCCGUCAUCAAUCCGCUUCAGCAGCAGCAGCAACAGCAGCAGCAGCUGGAGAGCAGCAAGGGCUGCAGCAGAGGUGUAGACACCUGGAGCGUAUGGUGUAUGUGCAUGCGCUCGACCCUGCAGCAGCGGGCCUCAACAGCAGCAGCAGCAACAGCAGCAGCAGCAGCAGCAGCAGGGCCGCGCCAAGAAUACCUGCAGCCAGCAGCGCGCAGCUGCCGGUAUCGAUUGGGUGUCCCUUGAGAGGACAGACUGAUCCUUUUGCUGCUGCUGCAGUUGCUGCUGCUGCUCCUGCUGAGGACACAGGUGCAGCAGAUUCUUCUCUCAGUAACCCCGCAGGGUGGGGGAGGCUGCAGCAACAGCAGCAGCAGCACCAGCAGCACCAGCAGCUGCAACAUCAGCAGCAUCAGCAGCAGCAGCUUCAGCAGCAGCAGCUGCAGCAGCAGCACCAGCACCAGCACCAGCAAGCAGCUGCUGCUGAAACAGCGCAGCUCUUUAGACCUGCGCGUCGUCCCCGCAUAGAAGAUGCAGUAUCCGACAGCUUCCCUGCUGCUGCGGCUGCUGCAGCAGCAGCAACAGCAGCAGGUGCAACAGGACAAGGAGGCUUUAAACUUCCUGCACCUCUCGCCUGCUUCCAGAAGGUGAGGCGGAGGGCAGCAAGGAGACAGGCUGCUGCUGCGGGUAUUGUUAAUAUGGCUGACGCUGCUGGUGCUGCUGCAGUUCCUGCUGCAGCUGCAGCAGGAGCCAGGCCUCCUCUCGGCAGUAGCAGCAGCAGCAGCUCCAGCACUCUUCAGCAGCAACCCCUGAUGGGUAGCUACAGCAGCAGCGGUCCAGGGGCAGUGUGGGGGCCUUGGCCUCAGCAGCAGCAGCUGCAGCAGCAGCAGCAGGUACUGCAGCCGCUGCAGUUGCAGCAGCAGCACCAGCAGCACCAGCAGCAGCAGCAGCAGCAGCAGCCACUGUCGCCUCCUGGAGUCUCCCGCCCCGUUCGUUCGUACGGCGACCUCGAGGUAGUGGAGCGCCUUGCGCAGCAGCAGCAGCAGCAACAGCAGCAACAGCUGCAGCAGCAGCAGUUGCAGCAGCUGCAGCAGCAGCAGCAGCGGUGGCGGAUGGGCAGCAGCGGCCCACCGGUAUUGGGUGCCGAGCGAAUGACAGCAGCAGCAGCAGCAGCAGCAGCAGCAGCAGCAGCAGGUUACCUCGGGGAUGCAGCAGCAGCAGCAGCGGGGCCUCUGCUGCUGCCUCUGAAGAUGAAGCAGCAGCAGCACCGGAAGAUGACGGCGAGAGAGCGCGUGCAGUGGCAGCUAGCGAAAAGCAGGGGGAUGCUGUAA